AGCCGACUGCUUUCAUCGCCACCACCACCAGCAGCAGCAGCAGCAGCAUCCACCGCGCACCCCUCCUCAUCAAUAUGCGCUUCAGCUCCUGAAUGUAUGAGCCUCUUGCACAGUCAAGAGACGGCAAAGCGAGUAUUCAAUGCCGCGGAGACGAUGUCAGCCCAUCUCUCAAAUCUGACCCCAUCCAAAGCAAACUGCUGACUCCCCCCCCCCUCCUCCUCCUCCUCCUCAGUCGACUUUUCUUCCUUUUUGGGGCAAUCAAUGGAUUUACUCUGAUUUUUGAAGAGCGUCCGGAACCGUCUCGACUGUCUCCACAUUUUUUGGAGGGGGGCUCCUUUUUUUUUUUUUGCCCGUUGUUGCUCUUGUAAACAACGUAAAGAAAGAAAGAAAAAAAACAAAACAGGAAAGGGUGAUGUUUGCUUUGCACAGGGUUCGUCAAUUUCGCGUCUUUUCCGCACUGGUUGUCGGUUCGAUUGUGUGCUGCGCGAAAAGCGUCAAUGAACCGGGCAACAUGUCGUUUGUAAAGGAGACGGUGGAUAAACUGCUGAAGGGAUAUGACAUCCGACUGAGGCCAGACUUUGGAGGGGCCCCUGUUGCAGUCGGGAUGAGCAUAGACGUGGCGAGCAUAGACAUGGUGUCAGAAGUCAACAUGGACUACACGUUGACCAUGUAUUUCCAGCAGUACUGGAGGGACAAGCGUCUAGCCUAUAUAGGAAUCCCCCUCAACUUGACACUAGAUAACAGGGUUGCCGACCAGCUCUGGGUUCCUGACACGUACUUCCUGAAUGACAAGAAGUCUUUCGUCCAUGGAGUUACGGUCAAGAACCGAAUGAUCCGCCUGCAUCCAGAUGGAACAGUUCUCUACGGCCUCAGGAUAACUACAACAGCAGCAUGUAUGAUGGAUCUCAGGAGGUAUCCCCUGGACGAACAGAACUGCACUCUGGAGAUAGAGAGCUAUGGCUACACCACAGACGACAUCGAGUUCUACUGGAAGGGAGGCGAGUCGGCUGUGACCGGGGUGACGCGGAUCGAGUUGCCUCAGUUCUCCAUUGUCGACUACAAGUUGGUGUCCAGAAAUGUAGUCUUUUCCACAGGUGCCUACCCUCGACUGUCUCUCAGCUUCAAGCUCAAGAGGAACAUCGGCUACUUCAUCUUGCAGACGUACAUGCCAUCGAUCCUGAUUACCAUCCUCUCCUGGGUCUCCUUCUGGAUAAACUACGACGCAUCAGCAGCCAGAGUGGCUCUAGGGAUCACCACGGUGCUGACAAUGACCACCAUCAACACUCACUUGAGGGAGACGCUGCCCAAGAUUCCCUACGUCAAGGCCAUCGACAUGUACUUGAUGGGCUGCUUCGUCAUGGUCUUCCUGGCCCUGCUGGAGUACGCCUUUGUCAACUACAUCUUCUUCGGGAGGGGCCCUCAGAUGCAAAAGAAGCUUGCGGAAAAAGCGGAAAAGGCAAACAACGAGAGGGCCAAGUACGAUGCCGCAAGGGAGGCAGGUAGUAGGACCGCGUCCCUAAAGCGAUCCAAUCAGGUUAAAGGUCUCCGCCACUCACGCUCGGCGGAGCCACACGGACAUGGGAAUAUCCUUUUAACCACCCUGGAGAUCCACAAUGAAGUGGCGGGAGGUGAGAUCACCACCAGUGUGGCAGACAUUAGGAACUCUCAGUCCAUGGUGCAGCUGGAUAGCACGGCGUCAACCAAUAUCCAGUACCGGAAGCAGAGCGGUGGGACCGCGCUGCGCUCCGCCAGCCGCCACUCCCUGGACCGCUCUGCCCAGAUGAAACGCAGCCGCCUGCGGAGGCGAUCCUCGCAGCUUAAAAUUAAAAUCCCAGACCUGACGGAUGUGAACGCCAUCGACCGUUGGUCACGGAUCAUUUUUCCUUCCGUUUUCUCGCUCUUUAACCUCAUCUACUGGCUCUACUAUGUGUGAUUGGAGUUUUUUUUUUUUUUUUUUUCUUGAGAUGUUUGUUGUUUGUUUGUCUGGUUUUUAUCACUUUGUUUCUUUUCUUCUUCCUGUUUUUCUGUUGCUUUUGUACGUGAUGGAAUCUGUCAAGUUAAAGACUGGAACACUACGAGACAAAAAAAAAAAAAAAAACAUGACUGAAAAAAAAAGACUAUCGAGGUUUCGGACCAAGUUCUCUGCACAAUUGUUUUUAUAUUUGCAGUCUUUGAACCCUUAGUAUCUUGUUUUUUUUUCUAAAAUAUGUACUGUAAUUGGGAUAUGUGACAGUCAUUUCCCCACAUUUGCCCUUUUUGAGUAAUGUGUACAUAGAGAGAUACAAAGCCAGCAAUUCAGUGAAUAAUAGAGUAUUUGCAGAAAAAAAACAAAUACAAACGCAAGAAUUUUCUAAUCAAAACAAACGCAUCAAGAAAACUUUAUACUACAUAGAUAGUGACGGCAUUUCCUUAAAGUCAAUUGAACAACUUCAUGUAUGUUUGACUGGUACCCUAUGCACUCUUAAUGCAUGUCAUGUUCACCUGUAGUGAAAAAAUAACGACUCCUUAUUUUGCCUUUGGUUAUUUCAGAACUUUACAGACUGUAUUUAGUUAUAGCUUAGUCCCAGUAAACUAGCUAUCAACUAUAUCAUGCAUUGGUCUGGUUCACCCAAACACAAUAAUUUUAAAGUGAGGAUUAUCUCCUCACAGUUCAGGAUGAUUGCGACUCAGGUUGUGAAUUUCUUGCUAUUCGGUAUCUUUUUCCUGAUGAGGAAAGGUGACACUGUAAUACCCUAUUUUUUGGUAAUUUGAUACGGAAAACAAAAAGCACAAAUAUAAAGCAAACUGCCAUUUUUCACCUCUACCUUUCUUGCAACAGCGCUCCUAGUGGUUGCAUGACAGAAUUGCACUCAAAAAUAUCAAACUUCCAAAAAAAACAAAAAACAGUUUGACUUUCAUUUUAAAACAACUGCCAAGGGCCUUUUGGGCGUCACAGUUAACUCAAUUUCUGAAAUAUUGCGAUAUUUUUGUACUGUGUGUCUUUGGGUAUUUAUCUGAUUCCCUUACCUUGUCUGGUAGAUUUUUUUUUUUUGCGCAACACUUACUCCCUUGUUGUGAUAAGAGAUGACGGAUUGGAAACCAUUUUUUUUGUACAUAAGUACAUAGGUGUGUAUAUACAAAAAAAAAACAAAUGUAUAUAUAUAUUCUGUGUGUACAACCCAAAAUGAAAAUGAUCAAUGAUUGAACAUUUUGUGAUUGUUAACUGGCUAUUAACUGUCAGACUUUUUAGUGCAAAAAAAAAAAAAGAGACGAGAGAAAAAAAUUUAACAAUAUAACCAACAGGUCAAGUUUAAGCAUCAGUUUACAUUUUUUGAGCGUUUGUAAGGCUCAUGUCUUCUCAAACAUAUGACCAUUUUUAAAGUUCUAAUGUAUGUAUUUUCACUCUGCAAUGUAAACGAUACUGUACUGGAAAAGCCAAGCGAUGGACGUGGAUUUCAUUCGAUUCCGCAGACGGACCAGGAUGAAAGCGGCCCGUCGACUUAACCAAUAAGCACACACUAGCACUGAAUGUAUCAGAUCCAUUCUUCAGGGAGAGGAUAAUGAGCCAUGGUCAUCAUUUCUCCAUCAGAAUGUAAACCGCCCAUUCUUACGCAGACAGAAGGGGUAGGGGAGGAUGUUUUAAGAGUGUGCAUGUGCAUGUGUGUGUGUGUGUGUGAGAGAGAGAGAGAGAGAGAGAGAGAGAAAAAGAGAUGGGGAAAUGGAUAAAGCUUGAUAGAGGGAAGGCGUGGGUAGGCCAUUAAUUUUCUGUGCUGCUUGCCCCGACUAUGGACAAAUGUCAACGCGUAAUAGUUUUGUGGAUAAAAAUAGCCCUCCUGUUCCACUCGUGAUAAACUGUGUGCCAUUUCACCGAAGGUCGUGGAGCAAUCUAACCAGUUACAAUUCACGGGCGAUGGAUGUACAUUUUAAGCAUUUCUGGUCGGACGUAAACACUCGAGGUACAUCCACUUUUUGUGCAUGUAAAACAAAAAAACUAACCUACUUGAUUAUAUUGAGCUCUGUUGUGAAUGAGAAUGAGCUUGGUUGGGGUAAAAGAGUCACUCACUUGCCAGAAAUGGGAUCAAUUUAACGUUGAAUUAACACAUUGCGUGGUUUUAUUGAUCGAUGUAUGACUAAGAACUGAAUGUAUAUUACUCGGAUUGUCGACGCACAAAUGCAAUUUUUAUUUAUUGAAACAGGAUUUGACCUCGACCCUGAUUAAUCAGGGCUCAAGUUAAUUCCACAUUCAAGUGAACCCCAAGUCUCUUGCUGGUUUCUUGUCCUGUUUUUUUUUCUACUGUGUAGACGGGAGAGGACAUAUGACAUGUUGUCCAAGACAGAAGAAAAAAAAAAAAAAAAAAAGCAAAAUCAUCCAAAAUAUCCUGCUGAAGGUGUGUUCAGGAAGGGAAUGUAAGCAGAAGUCUGUUGCACAAAUUCACCUUCCAUACAGUUAUCGCUAUCUGUCCCGAACAACCCCACCCACCAAUUGUAUGGUAUGUUAGCUAGGAAUGGGCACUGAGUGUGUUUUUCUUUUUGUUUUGCCAUCAUGUCAGCUUCUAAUUGACAUAAGGUUUUAUGUCAUAUCCCCCCCCCCCCCGUCUUUGUUACAAUUGUUCAUUUAUGAAGCAUAUUCACAAAGCAAACGGAUGCUCAUAACCUUUGUUCAUCUUUUCAUUUUUGUGUUGAGAUUGGCAUUUGACUUGUGCAACUCCACCUCCGCUAACAGGCACCAUGGCGUUCUGUUUGAACACACUAAGGCCCUGAGUGUACUUGCUUUUAACUACGCGUACACAAACAGCCUUGCGUAUCCUGCUGAAACUAUCGCUACCCGUCUGUGCGAUGCAGUAUGCAUAUAACCACUAGGGGCAGUGUCGAGUUGUAUGGUGAUGAGACCGGAAAUGACGACAUCGGAGACACUAGAGAGCGUUUCUCCAUUGUGGACGCGGCUAACUUUUAAGUGCUAAACGGGAGUCAGUUGUCGAGCAAAAUUGAACUGCAGCGGAAGUGCAACAAGGAUUAAAAAAAACAGUGCUCCACCACAUGGGAUUAGAUGAACAACGACUUGUAUUUUAUUGGGCAACUCGCCUUUCUAACUUUUUUUUUUCCCCGCAACAGCGGUUCAAGCUGUUCUAGAGGCACACUUUAACGCCAGCUACUUUUAGCAAGCUAGCUAGAUACAUUAGCUUCCAGGCUAGCAGGGCAGUACGUUUGCCAUUGUUGUAGAGCUUCUAGAACAAUGGCGUAAAGUUUUUAAGAAAGAAGAAAAGUUACCAGAUCAAGUCCGCAACUACCCCGCACUAUGAUGUGUCAUUGCCGUUGCAUAGCAACAAACAUGUGUGCCAAAACAGCUGGCGACGGAUCGUCUCUACUGGGCAACUUUGGUCACAGAAAGGGCCACCUUCAUUUAAUUCUGACUGCCAGGGGGCCAAUUUGUAGGAUACAAAAACGAUUAGUCAAUUAUGUCUCAAAUUUAACUCAAUGUAUAACAGUGAUCAAAUAUUAUUAUGGACAUUUUCCUGGUUUUCAUGAUUUCAUGGCAGAUUUUGUCAUGGUUUCCAAUUAAUUGAUAUGUAAAAAAAUUGACCUGAGGGCCACGUUGAGUGUUGAUGGGGGAGAAGAAUCUAGAAGAAUCCUCAAGUAUGUGAACAUUUACAUAGCAGGUUGUCUACGCAUGGUUUAAAAGCAAGUAUUUUUGAGCCUUAAGAGAGGAUGUCUUGACUUUGGUCUCGGUGCACAAAGCUACUGUAUGUUUUGCGAUAUCAUGCAUUCAAGAUCGAGAAUUGUUUAAGUCAUGGAACCCGUAUGCGCAAAGAUGUUUCAUGCUGCUUUAGUCUUGUGUACAUAAGAUAAAGUAAGACAGAACAGGUGUCAGUUUUACAGUGGAAGUCAAAAUAACAUCAUCGCUUACUGGUUUGCUUUGAUUUAAACAACAACUUCUCGCUCAUUUGGUGAGAUUGAAAGCAAGUUUUUUUUCAGUUUGGUCAUUGUAUGAUCUUUUACCAAUCUUAUUAGUGUAGUUAAAAAAAGUGAAAGAGACACUUGACUGUAACAAACUCUAGAUUCUUGCUUAUCAUGCAUGCGACUCUUAAUUCAUAACUUGGAAGAUUUCCAAAAAAAAAAAAAAAGUUUUGCAAACUCGCUUACGAGAGCUGCCAACUGCUCAUUUUUAGAGACGACAUGAUGCCAUGUGAGCCUACAUUUAAAAGAUUUAAAAAAAAAAAAAAAGUCACACAAAAAAAAGUCAUCAAAGACUUCGGGUGUUGUAUGGCCUUGGUCCCAUAAUGGAAUGUGAAAUGUUCUGUGCUGCCACAAAAUGUAUUUAGGCUUAGAUUUAUACUGUAUAUCUCUGUAUGUUUCUCUUCCUUUUUUUCAAUAGAUUAUCAUGUUAAACCAUCGAAUAAAUUAUAUACAUUGUACCUGUGUAUUUGGUAUUGCGAGCUUACAUGACACUCCGAAGAUAAUCUUUACAUUUACUGUACAGUGAGCUAAUAUAACUGACAUUUUUAAAUCACAAAAAGACAUGAUAAUGAAGCGUGGGGACCUUGAAAUGCUAGAGGUUGCAUGUACAUAUUCCAAGAAGUGUUGGGGAUAUCUCUUCCUAAGGCGUUCCAUCACGACCUGUUCCAGUGCAGCUAUACUCAAUGACACUUUAAGGACUUUUUAACGAUACUUGGAAACACCCAGUAAGUCUUUCUUGUAUGAAGUGAAUUUCAUGAAUAUGUGCCAGCGUGUUGUUGAACAAGAGUACAGUAGUUCCCCUGGUUGAAUAAAGAUUGGAGGAAAAAAAAGA